AUGGAGGAGCCGCCCAGGGACAUCUUCAGGCUGAGCCAUGAUUGGCUGUCGGUACAGGAAGUGGUGGACUCCGUCAGCAGCAGCCGCUGUGGCGCCGUCUCUGUGUUUAUAGGCGCGACCCGGGAGGACCAGGCGGAGGGCAGGAAGGUGAUUGGUCUGCAGUACGAGGCGUACGAGGCCAUGGUCCAAUCGGAGCUGAGCCGGCUGGCGGGGGCCCUGAGGGCCCGCUGGCCCUCGCUGCUGCACGUCUGCAUCCACCACCGCCUGGGGUGGGUGAAGGUGGGCGAGGCCAGCGUCGUCAUGGCGAUCUCCUCUCCGCACCGCCAGGACGGCCAGGAGGCCAUCCAGCACGCCGUCACCCAGCUCAAGGCCAGCGCCCCCAUCUGGAAGAAGGAGGUCUACGACACCCACCAGUCGUCCUGGAAGGAGAACUCAGAGUGCAGCUGGUCGCAGGGGGAGGAGCUUCUGACUGACCCCUGACUGACUUCUGACCCCAGAGGAACAACUGGUUAAUUCGAACUGCAUAGUUAAAGUAAAAGCAGCUCCUGCAGCUCAUUCCUGAUCUGGGUUUCUGGUUAGAGUGGCACUCUGUCCUCAUAGAGGAGCUUUGAUACACUCAGAGUGGUUUUGUCCUCAUUAAGUAUUCGCACUGGGCUCCAUAUAUGGUCGUGGCUUCCUGAUGUGUUCAAUAAAAACGCAAAUUCUCAUUU